AUGAAGCAAAACUACACUGCGGUAACCGAGUUUAUUCUGCUGGGACUGACAGACCAAGCCGAGCUGCAGCCCGUCCUUUUUGUGGUCUUCCUGGUUAUCUACAUUGUCACUGCUAUGGGGAACGUGACCAUGAUUCUCCUCAUCAGAAGUGACUCAAAGCUCCACACCCCAAUGUACUUCUUCCUCAGCCACCUCGCCUUUGUAGAUCUCUGCUAUGCCACCACUGUCACUCCUCAGAUGCUGGUGAACUUCUUAUCCAAGAGGAAAACCAUUACUUUCAUUGGCUGCUUUAUCCAAUUUCACUUUUUUAUUACUCUGGGGAUCACAGAUUAUUAUAUGCUGACAGUGAUGGCGUAUGACCGCUAUGUGGCCAUCUGCGAGCCCUUGUUGUAUGGCAGCAAAAUGUCCAGAUGUGUCUGUGUCUCUCUUGUUGCUGCCACUUACAUUUAUGGCUUUGCCAAUGGCUUGGUCCAGACCAUCCUGAUGCUUCGCCUGACCUUCUGUGGCCCCAAUGAGAUCAACCACUUCUACUGUGCCGACCCCCCGCUCCUGGUCCUCGCCUGCUCAGACACUUACAUCAAGGAGACCGCCAUGUUUGUGGUGGCUGGGUCCAACCUCACCUGCUCUCUCAGCAUCAUCCUUGUCUCCUACGUGUUCAUCUUCGCAGCCAUCCUGCGCAUCCGCUCAGCUGAGGGCAGGCACAAGGCCUUCUCCACCUGUGGGUCCCACCUGAUGGCUGUCACCAUCUUUUAUGGAUCUCUGUUCUGCAUGUAUCUGAGGCCUCCUUCUGAGGCAUCCGUGGAACAAGGUAAAAUUGUAGCUGUGUUUUAUAUUUUUGUGAGUCCAAUGCUAAACCCUCUCAUCUAUAGCCUGAGGAACAAAGAUGUUAAAAGAGCAAUAAGGAAAGUUAUCCAAAAGGAAUUGUCUGCUAAGUAA